AAUGAAGUUCCACGUGGCCAAGAAGAAGUUUAAGGAGACGUUGCGUCCGUACGAUGUGAAGGACGUCAUAGAGCAGUACUCCGCCGGACACCUGGACAUGCUGUGUCGCAUCAAGAGCCUGCAGACACGGUCCAGUCUAUUGAGUCGAAGCUAGACUCCCUGUUGGACAUCUACCGGCAUGUGCUACGUAAAGGCUCCUCCUCUGCCCUUACCCUCUCCUCCUUGCCCCUGUUUGAGCUGGAGCAGACCUCAGACUACCAGAGCUCUAUCCUCUUCAAGGACCACUCCACCUGCUCUACCCAGGUCAGCAGCACCAGAGGUGGGCCAGGGAUAGAGGGCCAAGGGGGAUGCGUGACYCGCUCCUCCACCAACGCCUCAAACCUGUCCCGGGGACUUCACCUUAUCCUGGCGCCGUCCACCGAGCUCAGCCUCAACCUCAACACUGGCACCACCUCGCCUUCUACCAGUGGGCCCCCGCUGUCCUCCUUCAGUCCGUCGCCCCUUCCUCAACACCACCAACAUCAUCAUCAUCAUACCCUGCCGGAAAGUGGGGAACCAGUCCAUAGAGGAAGUUCUUCUCACUCACCUCCUAUUCUUACUCCUAAUUGUGUAUCUGGAGGUGGGGGGUUUCCUACUCUGGCCAGGCCCCCACCACCUCCUCCCCAGCCCAGCCGGACAGUGGGUCACUCCAGGCCGGAGAGGGAGAGGGAGGUGGAGGUGGGUGACUUCUGUGGAAGYCCGGAGGAGAGGGAGGAUGGUGAUGUGUUAGGCCCAGAACAAGGCCUCAGAAUCGGGAGGCUGGGGCAGCCAAGAGGGGGGUCCAGUGGGAACAGCAAUGGCCGGCCCUGCAAUGCCAAAGCAGAGGGCWCCUGGAGGAGACACACGAGCCUGGAGAUGGAGCCCCUGGUACCCCUCUCUUCUGCUCUGGGAGGAGGAGGUGGCUGCUCCUCCGGCUCCAACCCCAGCCAGGUGGACCGAAGCCUGGGCAAGUCCAUGUCCGUCCAAAACCUGGGGCAGAGGGGGUCAACCACCUCCAGGGUCCUGGAUAGCCACCACCAUCCUAGCCUCAGCCUCUCCUCCCCCAGCCCCUGCAGCAGCGACUCCCCCACAGGCUCCCACAGUAGUCAGGACCCUGGGGGAGGGGGCGGCGGGGAUGGCUGGGGGGAGGAGGACCUCUUUAUCAGCGACAGGGAUGUGGACGCCCUCCCUCUCCCCCCCGAGGCUCAAGGUGGAGCUUUUGGCUUUGACUUCCUGUCCCAGGGGACAGCCGACGCGACCUCUUACUCUUCAGAGCUACUGAGGACAGACCCGGGGCUUGGGGCGGGGUUAAGUGCUCUGGCAGGGUUCAAUAGGAGCGGGAACAUGUCACCGCCCCCCUCAGUCGGGAGCACCGAGUCCCUGAGCAUGCCGCACGUACGGCUAAAAUAAGACACACCCCCGUGUCGUGUGGACCAAUCAAAAAACCUCACCUUACAGAGAAGCUCUUUAUUCUAUUUUGAGAGGGUGAGGGAGAACAGGGAGGGACUAUAAUGGUUAUUUCUGUUUAUUUUUUAUGUUGAUUCAUUUGAUAAAAAGCAUAGUAUUUUUCAUACAUGUCGACGAUACAUGAACAUAUCAUUGCAUGAAUUAUUCUUUUUUUAAAGUACGRUUGAAGAAAUCGAAACAAAGAAAAUAAAGAAGGUAUAAUAAAGAGAGAGAGGUGUAUAAAAAAUGAGACUUUGAGUAAGAGGUUGUAUAUAUAUACAAUAUAUAUUGUAUAUAUAUAUAAAGAAACAAGCAAAACUUGAUCCUGAAAGACAAUGGAUUGAUCUGUGAUCUCAAAACUGCAUGAGCACUGCAUGUUUUCAGUCCAAAUGUCAUGGUAUUUACAACUUACCCAUAAGUCUUCAUUCAUUAACACAGGAAGUUGUUGAUGCCUAUAGGCCUUAUGGCAAAACCCUUCUAGAAAACUUUUCCUUAAUUUUAAUACACAUAAUCAUGUACAGAUAAAGUUCAAGUGUGGGGCAUCCCAACGUAUAAGACUAUAGCGUAUGGGGCAAGUUAAAUGCUUACAUGAACCCAAUAUCAUACUGUUAUCCAAAGCUUCUGAGGCAGCCAUCGUGAAAUGAAUGUUG